AUGCUGAAGCUCCACCAGAAAUACGGCCCAGUCGUGAGGGUUGCUCCCAACGAGCUCUCAUUCAACACCGCCCAAUCAUGGAGGGACAUUUACGAGAAGAGAAAGGGCCAAGAGACUUUCAUUAAAAGUGACUUUUAUGACGGUGGAAAUUUCGCAGCUGAAGCGCACUCGAUUGUGAGCGUGCGUGACCCCGACGAACACGCUCACAUGCGAAGAUACCUCCGAGAAGCUUUCUCGGACCGCUCACUUCGAGACCAGGAGCAUCUAAUCUCUGAGGUCAUUGACCGCUUCAUAGAGAGGAUAGUCAUUGGCAGUCUAGCCUUCGGCCAGUCUUUUGACGGGAUCAAGUCUGGAACGGAGCAUCCUUGGGUUUCUAUCGUGGUCAAGAGUCUCCGAAUGGGCGCCUUGGCGGAUUGCUUCAAGAGAUUUCCCCUAAUCGGAGAACUGUUUAAGACUGUGUUUUCCGGCCUUCUCAAAAAGCUGAUCGAAGACACACGCCGACACGAAGCAUACACCAUGGACCUUGUGCAGAAACGAAUCAACCAAGAAACUGAUCGCAAAGACUUCCUGACGAAGAUUCUCGAACAUCGGCAGACGGACAACCUCUCUGACGUGCAGAUAGCAGCCCACUCCUCGGACUUCGUAAUCGCCGGGAGCGAGACCACUGCCACAGCUCUCUCGUGUAUCACAUACUACCUUCAGAAGAAUAUCGACAUCUUGCAGGCCCUGCGGAAAGAAAUCCGUACGUCGUUCGACUCGUACGAACAGAUCAAUGAUGCUUCAACGGCAAAAUUAGAUUAUUUGAAUGCCGUGGUACUGGAAGGGAUGCGAAUGUACCCCCCACUGCCUUUCCCCCUACCACGUGUUGUGCCACAAAACGGCGGCAUGGUCGAUGGGCAAUUCCUUCCUGGAGGCACAAUUGUCUCAACAAAUCCUUUCGCAGCUUCAAUGUCACCAGACAAUUUCCAAGACCCAUGGGUGUUUGAGCCUCGGAGAUGGAUUUGCAAGGGAAAUAAAGACACACUGGACGCCAGCCAGCCAUUCUCUCUUGGCAGCAGAAUUUGUUUGGGACAAAGCCUGGGCUGGUUGGAGAUGCGCACAAUGCUUGCUAAGAUUCACUACAAGUAUGAUUUGGAAUUAGUUGAUCCAAAGCUUGACUGGCAUGCCCAAUCCCAGAUGCACACUCUCUGGCAGAAACCAGUUAUGAAAGUCAUCGUGACGCCACGGCUUGAUUGA